AUGACUCAGGAGCGGCACGAUCUGGCGGCCAAACUUGCUCUGGCUGAGAAGGAUCACCAGCUGGCUAAUCAGCAGACACAGGCCUAUGAUGAGGCCUUCCGAGGCGCGCAGGACGCCCUCCUAGCAGAGUUGCGUACCGAGCUGGCUAAAAGUCAAACAGCGCUGCAGGCCCAGACCAAAGAAACCCGAUCCCUGCGCCAGCAAGUGGAUAAAUUGCAGUUACAACUCAGCGAUGCUGAACGA